CAGCAAAAUAACAAAUGUGAAACCGGUAAAAUCAAAAAACAAAGUCGGAGAAGCUCCAUCCAUUAAUGGCGGACUACGAGGCAGCGACCGCAGCCCAUCAGACCCUAAUCCACCGCGAGGCAGAGGUCCUGCAGGCGCUAAGCACCGUCAUCCAGCUCCACUUCGAGAAGACCCUCGAGAAGAAACGGGCCGUCGAUCUCCAGAAGAAGGAGCUAUGGAAAAUGUUCCAGCUCUUCUUCAUAUUCCUGGCGCUGGUCGUCCUGGGCCAGGCCCAGUCGUCCCGGCUGCAGUGCAGGCACUGCUGGGUUCCGAUUGGGCUUCUCUCGAUGGGCCACCUCAUCUUCUACGUGUCGGUGGCCCAGACCCUGCGGUGCAUCAACGGGUUCAAGUACCAGAGGCGGUGCCACAAGCUGACCCUGGGCGAGGCGACGGAGCGGCUGCGGCAGCUGAAGAUGCGGAUAAGCGGCGGCGGCGGCGCGGCGGCGGAGGAGUGUGAGAUACACUACCAGCAACCGCCGGAGAGCUACUUUGAUAAGCUGAAGAGGAAUUGGGCUUUGCAUUUUGGGUUCUUGAUCCUGAUCUACGCUUUCAUGGCAAUAGGACAUGGGAUGUGUACCUCUUUUCUAGAUAAGGUACUACAAGUUUCAAGGGGAUUCUUUGAACAACCAAUGGAAGAGAAAAUGAAGUAUGCCAAAGGGCUAAAUGACUUUGAAGGUUAUGGAGCUGACCCCCCUCCUCAGGAGGGACAACCACUUGAUUGGUCUGAUCGCCUCUAUCUCAAUGUUCACCCUCAAGAUAUGAAAAACUAUAAUUUUUGGCCGAAAAAUCCAGACUCUUUUCGACAAGUAGUGGAAGAGUACACGGACAAGAUCAAAAUGGUGAUCGAAAUGACCUCAAAAGCCAUGGCAAGAUCACUAAAUUUGGAAGAAAGUUGCUUCCACAGACAGUUUGGUGAGAGAUCACAACUGAGUGUAAGGUUCAACUACUAUUCACCAUGCCAAAGGCCAGAUCUUGUUCUUGGCCUAAAGCCCCACUCAGAUGGGUCAGGCUACACAGUAAUCAUACAAGAUGAAGCAGGGCUCCAAGUUCUCAAGAAUGACAAAUGGUUCACUGUUCCUAAAAACCCGCAUGCCAUCCUGGUUAUAAUGGGUGAUCAAAUGGAGAUAAUGAGUAAUGGGAUAUUCAAGAGCCCAGUUCAUAGGGUUUUGAGCAGUUCAGAGAGGGAUAGAAUAUCAGUAGCUGUAUUCUAUACACCUGAAAUAGGAACAAAAAUUGGACCAGAAAAGGGGUUAUUUUUUAAUGAUGAAGAACGAAGGGUUUACAAGAGGGUGAAAGAUUAUGCAGAUCUUCAUUGGGAAAAUUUCCAAAGCGGGAAGGGGAUGAGAGCAUUGCUCCACAUAGCACAUGUCUAGAAACUCUACUACUAAUAACUUUUAUCCAUGGUUGUUUGCUAAAACUAAUAAGGUCCCAAUUAUUUAUCAAUGGUUAAAAUUGUAUGUAUAGAACUGUAAAUUAUAAUGCUAUGUAUGUAUGUUCCAGUCACAUAUCUCAAGUUCACUCACAAAUUGAACUUUUAGGUUAAAUGGUGUGCUUUUGUGCAUAUGUUCUCUUAUAAUCUCUCAUAUUUUUGAACGU